CGGCGGCGGCGGCGGCGGUGGUGGCGGCAACGGCGGUGGCGGCGGCUUCAGACAGGAAGGAGGGAGGGGGGGCGCGGGACGGCACGCGGCCGCGGGAGCCGGCGGGGGUCGCACGGGAGGAUGUUCGAGCGAGACGGGGAACAGCAGCGAGUCCGACAACAGCGGCUCGGCCUCCGAGUCGGGGUCGGGCAGCGCCAGCAGCUCCAGCGAAAGCGACGACGAGGACGACGAGGAUGACGACGACGAAGAAGAGGAGGACGAGGAGGAGAGAGGAGCAGAGGUCAACCCCGGCCGCGUCUCCCCCGAGCCGGAUCCCCCUCUCCGCAACAAGUGGCAGCUGCAGCCGUACCUGAACAAGGUGACGCCGCUGGGCGGAGGCCGCGGGUCCCCGGACUCGCCUUGCGGCCUGCUGGGCUCCCUGACCCCGGCACUGGUGCUGCUGCCCAACCUGAGCCAAGCUCAGCUGAAAGGGCAGGCCCAGCAGACCUCGGGGCAGCAGCAGCCGCAGCCGCAGCCGCUAGCCCGCACGCCGCCGGUGGCGACCGUGUCGGUGGCGUCCGAGCCGGAGCGGCCCGGCGCCGGCGAGCCGGCCGUAGAGAGCAGGACUCAGCGGCAGUGCCAGGUGGAGGCGGAGGCGGUGCCGGUGCCGGUGUCGACGCCCGCGCCGCACAGGAUGACGGGGCAGAAGCAGCCGAGGAGCAGCGUGGACAGGGGGGGAGCGACCGCCGGCGUGGAGGUCGGACCGCCCAAGGAGACGACAAUGCCCAGGAACGGCCUGCUGGUUCACUCGGAUACGCCGUCGGGUUCUGGCUCCGGCGGGGUUUUUUCCAAAACGGAGCCCCCCCGCGGAGCAUGGAAAAAGCCAAAACUUGUACAGCCCCCCAGCGAGCCAGCGACGAGGGGGAGGCCCCGGGGUGUGGGCCGGGGGAAAGGCGCCGCCAGGAAGGAGCCCAAACCAAUGUCCCGCCCGGCGGUGUCCGACAAGGACCGUAAGCGGCAGCGGGCCAACGGCAAAGUGGCACCGAUUUCUGUCGAGUUCGUCCACUCCACUUCCUGUUCUUCGGAUUCAGACUCAGACUCGGAUAGUGACAGCCCCACGGCUAAAGCGCGAUCGCCCCCCUACUGCGAGCUGCCCGGAAGCGAGACCAAACCCCCGGGCCCUGGCCGGAGACCCGCCGGGACGGUGACUAUCGAGCCGAAGGUCGAGCUCUUCAUGUCCCCGAUCCCGACGAUGGAGUCUACGCCGCUCUCGCCGCUGCGCGAGUCCAGAAGGAGCAGGACCGUCCACGCGCGGACGAGAGACAGCGAGCGGAGAGGCAGCGAGAGCAGCGAUUUCCUCUCCCCUCUCCGCGACGGCGAGCUGCUGCUCUCCCCGCUGCGCGACAACGACGGGAAUGGCCGGCUCGCGCCCGACUCCGGCGCCGGCCGGAACGCCAACGCCCGCUCCCCGUGGCGGCAGAGGCCCCGGCGAGAGAGCGAGACGAGCAGCGGGCCGCUUUCCCCGCCGCUCGACUGCGACGGCGCCGAGCGGCGGGGGCGCGCGCACUCCUCCGGCCGGGGCGGCGACCGCGAGACGGAGCGUCCGCCGGCGCCGCACGCCGGCGGGGUCCGUUCUCCGCGGCCCGCGUACGAAGGCCGUCGCAGCGCGUCGCCGACCCCGGCGGGUGCCGGCGACGGCGGGACCGCGACGUCGUUGGAUUUGCCGGAGCCGGCCGGCACGCUGCUGGUGCGAGUUGACCUCUCGCUGCUGACGCACGUGCCGGGGCGCGGGCGGUCGCGCGAGCGGGGUGGGGACGCCGGACGCCGCUCGCAAAGGGACGGCUCCUCCUCCGCUGACAAAGCUGCGCUGCCUGCGCCGCCGGCGGCGGUGGUGGCGGCGGAGAAGAGGAGGCACGAGUCGGACAGGUCGACGAGCCGGGAGAGCCGCGGCGGCGACGGCAAGAAACCCCGCACGGACAAAGACUCCUCGUCGAACCAGCAUGGCGCCGUCAACGGAGCGCCGCCCGAUCGCCACAAGCACCCGCUCUCCAGCAGGCAGUCCUCCAAGUCGCUUGACAAGAAGCGGCACACCACCUCUGCCAUGACCACCUCCACCUCCUCCUCUUUCUCGACCGGCCACUCCUCCUUCCGGUCGCCUAAAUCCGGCCACCCCGACGCGGCCCCGCGGCACAACGGAGCGAGCUGGCGCGCCAACGCUCCCGUCGGCGUCAAGCGGCCUGGGAGCUCGCCGCCGCCCGUUGCCGGGGCUACUGAGGUCGCCGCGGUGACGGUUAAUGGGGCGUGGCCGCAGGGACCGAGCAUCCAGGUGGACCGGCCCGGAGUGGCCUCCAGGCAGCAGCAGCAGCAGGAGUCCCCCAGCAAACCUCCCGUCAGACCCGGCGGCCGCAGGGUCUCGCUCGAGAGCUCUGCUGCCGAGCCGUGUCAGAGGAGCGACCUCUGCAGCGUGGCCUCCGAGCCUUGGCCAACGCUGCCCAAUGGCCACGGCGACCCGAAGAAACCGCUUCUCAACCACGACGAAAAGCCAAGGUCACCUGACUACCACAUGCUCGAAGCCAAGAGGCUGAAGCACAGGGCUGACAACAUGAUGGAGAAGUUCGGCAAGGCCAUCAACUACGCGGACGCGGCACUCUCGUUCAUUGAGUGCGGCAUCGCGAUGGAGCGGGACCCGCUGGAGGCAAAGUCGCCCUACUCCAUGUUCUCCGAGACCCUGGAGCUCAUCAAGUACACUAUGAGGCUCAGGAGUCACCUGGCACCAGACGCUUCCUCCGCUGAUCGGAAACUUGCUGCCAUCUGUUUCCGCUGUCAGACGCUGCUGUACAUCCGCCUCUUCCGCUUCAAGAAAGACAGCGCCAUGAAGUACGCCAGGGCGCUCACCGACCACUUCAAGAAUUCCCCCAAGACGGCACAGACAACGUCUCCCUGGAAUGGAAAGGCCGGCACACCAUCCCCGAUGCCGUCCACGCCAUCGCCCGCCGGCUCGGUGGGAUCCCAGGGCAGCGGCGGGGGUGCGUACGGAGGUGGUCCCUGCGCCGGGGGCCCCAACUCUUCCAAUCAGCCCCCCUCGUCGUCCUCCUCCUCGUCCUCCUCCUCGUCCUCCGGCUCGGCCGUGGUCAGCAUCCCGCAGCGAGUGCAUCAGAUGGCCGCCAGCCACGUGCACAUGACCAAUCAGCUGCUGUACGGCUACGAUGCGUGGGAGCAGGCCGACGCGCUCUGCAAGGAGAGCCGCAAGUUUUUCCAGGCUGUGGACUCCGCCGUGGGGGCUUUGACCCUGAGCAGCAGCCUGGGCCACCUCGUGCGUCACUGCCGACAGAGCCUGCACUGGCUGCGCCUGGAGACCCGGACGUAGCCCGUAUGUAGCCCGUCCCUUUCCCACCCCACGCAGACGCACUUGCGCUGCUGUGUGAGCGGUGAGGAUUGAAGUGGCGCUGCCUGGGAUUGCUUUCCAGUCCCCCUUGCCCGCUGACGGGAUUAACGCCUGCCCUGCUGAGCUAGCGCCUCCCCCUCCGUACUGGUUCUUGGGACAUAAGUUCGCUCGUGCCGAUCCCUAUUUUCGCGGUGGAAGAUGGAAGCCCCCUGAUUUCGAAGCAACCUUUGCGUGCGUUCCCGUGCCCUACGGUUGUACGGAAUAUCGGCGGGUGUGGAAAGAAACACUUCUGCAACACGCGCAAGAUGACGUUGGGGACGUGAAACAAACAUUGCUUUAUUGCCCUUCUUCAUUCAUAGGAGAGGACAAUCGGAGCCACUUAGUCAUUGCACAGCAGUUGAAGGAGAAGCUAAAGACCAGGUUUGUCUGGAAACUCUGUUCACCUCACAGCCUCAAAAAUCACAAAAAAACGCAAAUCAACAAAUCACCACCAGAUAAGCCUUGUGCCAAUAGGGAUAGUCCAUCAGUGGAUGACACAGAUUGCGAGCGAAGGAUGCUCCGACUACAUUGGCAGAAGUAGCGCGUGUUGAGUUUUUAUCCGUCGGAACUCAUGCCCGUCGCACUUCGUGUUGCUCUACAAGUGAGACGAGGCAGAGAUCACAGCCUGGAUUAGAACAUUCCCCCUCGCCUUUGGGGCUGCACAAGCGUCGCUGUCUGACUAAAGUGGGGGGAAACAAAGCUAAAACCUUCAGCAAGUUUUGAUAGUGCAGUAAGAGUGCGGAUCGCUUCAUUGAUAAACACAAAACAAAAAAAACAAGAGUUCACAUUUUAAAAAUAUAUAUAAUUUUUUUUUAAAAAUCCAAAAAUAUGCACGGUCUUUAUUUAAUGGUAAAAAAACACUUCUUGCGUAAAGCUAUAAGGCCGUGAAACGAUACGGUGGAAGUGAUCCUCCUGCUUGAGCGACGUGGCGGGGGGGGGGGCGGGGUCAUUCUUCUCUGCGUGCAAAGUGCCCUGCUGAGAAGUAUCUUUCUCUUUAUUUUUUUCUCGGUACCAUGUGACGUGCCUUAGAGAUUUGUAGAUAACAAGAGAAGAACUCGUACAAAAAGAGAAAUGAAAAAAAGAAAAUUAAAAAAAAAAUCACUCGAUGUAGUAGUGCGUCCGUGACGUUCGGAGUGGCUCUUGCGUUCUUGUGGCAAACCCUGGAAAAAAAAAACUUUUUUUUUGGCUGGAGCAGUUUUUUUAACGAUCUCGCUUUGUGAGCAAGCGCUCCCCCCUCCUCGUCUGCCUAUCAGCAUGGUGCUAAUCUAAACAAUCACGCCAUUCCCUACGUCAGUUUAUACCGAAAGUACCGUAUAUUGUUGCAGGGACGGGGGGGGGGGGCGGCUUCCAGCGUAUAAUUGUAUAGACACACGAGGCCGCCAAAAAUAUUUCGAGAUUGAAAUGUUAAAGAAAGGUCACCCAGGUCCUAAAGAUAGGUUUCCUUUCAAGUCCCACCUUAUUUAUUACUUAGAACAUGUUACGAUGCUUUGAUGUCAGGGGUGGCUAAAUUGAAUAACAGUGUCAGUGUGAUCGUGCUUUCAGUGGCCUCUCUCUUGAAAAUAUUUCAACUGCCUCUUGUUUAUAUAUAAACAGUGCUUUAGGGAAUUGUUAUUUGCCGGAAUUAUAUGGGAUUUUCUAGAACAGUUUAUAUACAUUUCUAACAGAACAGAAGCCAAGAGCCAAUCUUUAGCCUUUUCUGACUAACUUCCAAAACACACCUCAACUGGGUAAUCAUUCAUGGGUAAGGAUAUUUAUGAUGUCCUCCUCUGUUUUAUCGUACAGCAACAACAAAGAAUUAAAUGUACCAGAGACAUCCAUCCCUUUUUAUAAAAGUGAAUUGCGAUCUCUUAGCAAGCAUCCUACAAAGAACGACGAGAGAUCGGCGUUGGCCGCUGCCCUGAGUGAGAUUGUGUUAUCGUUUAAACUGCUUCAGCCACCAAGAGACAUUAAAUAAGACGUUCGUACCAGCCACCGGAUUAAUAAGCUGUAGUGUGCCGUAUUACGUGAGAAAUGUCAGCGGCGUUUAUGGUCGUCAAGCCGCAUGUCCCCCCGUGCUGCGUGCCAGAUUGUGGUGUUUUUGAAAGGCAGAGGCGUUCUGUUCAUCCGUUCACUCCUGACCUCACGUGGGUCCCGCAUUUGAACCUUGGAAAUGUAAAGCCACACUUCUUGGCAUUUGAGCUCCAGCCCAUUGGAACGUCAAGUGUCCACCUUCCUGGCAUUACAUGGGUAUUGCAACCUGUGAAAAAAAAACGUAAAAAAAUCAGCAACGAGAGGUAAUGUGCCCAUUUUCUUCUUGUUUUUUUGUAUUUGCUGUUGUUGGUGGUGGGAUAUGGCUGGGGGGUGGGGGAAGCGAGGCAUUUCGAUUUUAUUCCAGUGGAGCGUUUGGAGAUGACUGAGGCCCACUGCCGCGAGUUGUGGUUUGUUCUCGCGUGCGAGCGUACCUUGAAUGCGCUGUGAACAAAACCAGCGUGCGGCAGUGCAUGUAGCACUUCAAAGACAGUGACAUCAAUCGUUUGUGCGCGGCAUUACCGCGGGUUUUUUUCGCCGAUUUUACCCAACACACACAUUUGGCUUUGUACUUAUAGGAAACUUCACGGGAGGAGUUAGUAAUAAUAAGCCACUUUCUUUCCUGCCUCCCUGCGAUUUUGCAUGAAACGUCGAAUAACGUGGCAAAACUGAUAUAUUUUCUGGUUGUACUGCGUAAGGCUCGCAGCACACAGAGCAAAACGUCGGGCGUCGGGCGUCAGGCCCGAGUUAGCACAAACCUGAAAACACACAUCGAAGAGCUGUACAGCACAACUGCGAAAACCUACAUAGGAGAAAACUUCAAUUCCCCCCCCCCCUCCCACGGAAAAAUCCAAUGUGCAGUUUUCACAUUGGCAGGUUGACAAAAGUGGGGGAGAUUCAAGUAAGUGCAAUGGAACAAUGUGAAUGAGCUUGGAGGCUGUGACUCUGAUGAGUAACACAUGCCCUGGUGAGGCCCUCCGCUGGGGGUGAGUCUGCACUACUGCACAGGGACACAACUCUGCCACAAGCCCAGCCUCCUGGAUAGAUGGCAUUAAAUAAGGCUUUCAUUUCUCAAUAUUAUUUUUUUGUGACAUGGUGGCGAGGGUAUUGAGGGGUUGGGUAGGGGUGGGGUCUGUUGGGUCUGUGGGGUAGUUGGGAAGGUCAGUUAGACUAUGAAAAGAAACAAUUUCAGAAAAUGGAAUUCAACAACUUAGGUGCCAGUGGGUACCAGCAACAUUAAGGAGGAGACUAACACUGAAAUACGUUCCCUGUACUUUUGAACGAUGGCACAAUCAUGUCUUAACAUUUAUAUUUGGAUACACUAAGAGAAAGCUUCCUAAAAGUUUAAAUAUAGAUUAUACCUUCAAUUAUGAAGUUUAUCAAAAGAAAAUAAACAUUUUAUUUAAAGAUGCAUUUUAUAGGUACCAUUCUGAAAAGGGUAUUGACAACACUAUGCAUAGUCUGUGUUUUACUUAUUGAGUAGUGGCAACUGAGAAUAUGUGAACUUAAUAAAUAUAUGAAAAACAUCCAUCUGGCAGAGGUAUUGUAAAAAACAACAGCCAUGAUAUAUUUAAUUGCAAAAAUAUAUCCAGUGUAAUCACUAAGCAGUAGUCGUCUCUGACUGAUAAAAAAAAUGUCAGUGAUGAACAUGUAGAGAGAAAUAAAAUUCAAGGAUGCAUUAGAUUGAAUGUUCUGAGAAAUGUACUAUUUGCAAAAACACACUUUAGGAAACUUUUUUGUUCAGAUAUUUAUUUAAAUGUACAGCAACCGUGUAUGUCUUAAAUCAGAUGAACGUAUCGCAAGGCUGCAUUGCGAUUAGGCCUGCGACGAUUCCCGGCACCCCCAUGCGAUCCGUUGAAUCGUCACGCUUCAGUGGUCACAGCUUGAUUCCAGAAUAAUUACCAAAAAUAAUGUUUCGUCUAUACCCUCUCAUUUGUAUUUUCUCUUUUUAUUCCAUCUCUUUUGUUCACUCUUAUUUGCUCCCUUGGCUUAGAUGUCACAUUUACUUGUAAUUUGUACACUUUGUAAAGAGUCGAUUCUAAAACACUCACGUUUCGAUGAGCAUAGGAAACGAUUAUGGCCGGUGGAUCGCUACACGCCUAAUUUGUCAUCAUGGAAAGCCUAUCAUCAAAAACACUACCAGUACCUGUCACAAAGAUGUUCUAAGCAAUUAUGUUUUUGUUGUUAUUAUUGUUGUUGUUUAUGAAUAAGCCUUUACUCCUGGUUACAGCCCAGUAAAAAAAUUCCAGAGGACUGCCAUGAAGUAGCUGAGUUCAGAAUUAAGGGUCCAACAGAAGCUGUGUUUAAUGUGAGUCAAAGAAUGAAUGACCAUCACUUACAGAUGCUAUUUAAAAAAUAUAUAUAUAAAAUCAAAGAAUAUUUUACUUUAUUUAUUGCUAUAGUAAUUGCCAAAAGUCUUUUAAAGUGACGCCAAGCGAGGCACAGAAAAACCUUAUCAAGUGGCAGUAAACCCACUGCAGUGACACCUCACUGUGGG